GACGUCGCUCAGACCACCACUGGAUAAAGAUAGAAGGAAAAAAACCUCUCCCCCCCCCCCCCUCUCUCUUUCUCUCUCCAUACAUCGCGAUCUAUUCCCCCGGAAAAAUAUCGUUUUUGUCUUCUCUCUCUGCGUCCGACUCAUGAUCAAGAGGCUCUGAUACGGACGCUUCCAGAUUCGAGAUCUGACUUGCUCGAUCGCACAGUUUCGACCCGCUUGAUUUUCGCCACAGGGUAAGGCCGCUUCUUCUGAUCUCCGCUUUAUUCUCCGCCGAGUGGAAUUCUGGCGUUUCUUCGUCUGAUCUGCGAGUCUGGAAUUCUUUUUCCUUCUUCUUCUGGCUUCGUGCAAUUAUCGGGUUUGUGCUUUUCGGGCUGGAACGUGGAUUUAUGGUUGAGGUUCAUUUGUCGCAAGGACCAUGUCCCAUCAACAAGGGGAUGACGCCGAGUACAUGGCAGAUGAAUAUGAAAUGGAAGAUGUGGAUGACGAUAUGGAUGAAGAAUUUCGUGGUAGAGAGAUGGGUGGUUCAGACUCUGAUGUGGAAGAAUAUGAAUACUUGAAUAAUAAAAUGGCAGAUACUUCUGCUGCGGAAGCUAGGGAAGGCAAAGAUAUCCAAGGCAUUCCUUGGGAGAGGCUUAGUAUCUCAAGGGAGAAGUAUAGGCAAACUAGGUUAGAACAGUACAAGAAUUAUGAAAACAUCCCUCAAUCUGGAGAGGGUUCAGAGAAGGAGUGCAAAAUCACAAGGAAAGGGGGCAUGUACUAUGAGUUCAGACGCAAUUCAAGAUCAGUAAAAUCUACGAUACUUCAUUUCCAGUUGAGGAACUUGGUAUGGGCUACCUCAAAGCAUGAUGUGUACCUUAUGUCACAUUAUUCAGUUAUUCAUUGGUCUUCUCUAUCUUGUGAAAAGUCUGAAGUUCUCAAUGUUUCAGGACAUGUAGCGCCAUGUGAGAAACAUCCUGGAAGCCUGCUGGAAGGAUUUACACAGACCCAAGUUAGCACACUUGCUGUGAAAGACAAGUUGUUAGUUGCUGGAGGGUUUCAGGGAGAACUCAUUUGCAAGUAUUUAGACAGACCAGGGGUGUGCUUCUGCACCAGGACAACGUAUGAGGAUAAUGCAAUUACUAAUGCUGUUGAGAUCUAUACUACUCCCAGUGGGGCAAUUCAUUUCACAGCUUCAAAUAAUGAUUGUGGAGUUAGAGAUUUUGAUAUGGAAAGAUUUCAACUUUCUAAGCAUUUUCGAUUCCCUUGGCCAGUGAAUCAUACUUCUCUCAGUCCAGAUGGUAAGCUUCUUGUAAUUGUCGGAGAUAACCCAGAAGGUAUAUUAGUGGAUGCUAGGAGUGGACAGACAGUGACGCCGUUGAUUGGUCACCUGGACUUCUCAUUUGCUUCAGCAUGGCAUCCUGAUGGUCUCACUUUUGCUACUGGGAAUCAGGACAAGACCUGCCGAGUUUGGGAUGUGCGGAACCCAUCCAGGUCUGUAGAAGCUUUGAAGGGUAACAUUGGAGCCAUCCGGUCAAUUCGCUAUUCAUCUGAUGGGCGAUUCAUGGCAAUGGCUGAGCCUGCGGACUUUGUCCAUGUAUAUGAUGCUAAAAGUGGGUAUGAGAAGGAGCAGGAGAUCGAUUUCUUUGGUGAGAUUUCUGGGAUGUCUUUCAGCCCCGAUACUGAAUCACUGUUUAUUGGAGUGUGGGACCGUACUUAUGGUAGCCUCCUUGAGUUUGGGCGACGAAGGAACUACUCGUACCUUGAUUCUGUCAUCUGACUGGGCGAUUGUGCACUCUGCGAAUAAGCGCUCAAGAAUGGGCAUGCGUGCUGGUACAAGUAUGAAACCCGGUGGUAGGCUAGCCAUACUCUGCAGUAGAAGAAGGUGGGGGGUUGGUUGUGGGAGGUGUAAAUGCAUUUGCAGCCUGGUAGCUUAUAUAAUAUACUAUUUGGAACCUGGUAGCUAGCUAUGUGUUGUGCAAUUUUAGGGGUUCCAUUUCUUUUAAUUGUUUUUUGUGUUGUCUUUAACAGUGCGGGUGUGUUGAAAUGAAAGGGUGAUCAUAAGAUGGGUGUAAUUUUUGGGUGGGUUGGGGGGGGGGGGGGGGGGUGGUGUGUACAGAAAAAGGUUAGGAAGCAUUGGUCCUUUGCUUUUUGCCAACAGAAGAACCAUAGCUGGAAUGUUAACGAGGUACCAUAAAAGGAAGACUGAAACCCGAUUUCACGUCGAACUCUAUAUAUGUGUAUCUACUGUUUUGGGAACUUAAAAACUUUGUUGCCUUGUUUGGACUUUUUAUUUAUUUAUUUAUUUUUAUUGAGUUAUUU